CCUGCUGUGGAGCUGCUACCUGCUGCAGUGACACAUUUAAGUGUGAGGAGACACACUGCCUCGGGCUCAGGGAAGCACUGUGGAGUUGGAAAUAUUUGAUGUUGGGAAAUAUUGGGUUUUUGCACACCUUGGAGCAGCUCAGUGUCUGGUGACGUGAUGGAACCAGGACUGAGUCUGAUACUGACCUCCACCCUGGGCGGCAUCCUGCUGGUGGCCGUGGUGAUAGUCAUGUGCUACUUCACCUGCAGACUGGCCGGUUCACUGCCUCUGGGCGGACCUGGUAGAUUCUGAGGCUGAACAACAUCAUGGAACGAGCUUUACAGAUGGCGAGGAGGUGCUAUGGAACGUGACUUGAAUCGGAUACUUAGAAGGCUGUCAGACGACUGCAGACAUCUUCUUAAAGUGGUAUGUUAUGGCUGUCUAGGACGACACAUCAGCCACACAGAGACAACAACAUGAAGGUGUCAGCCCUGCUCAUCAUCUGCUUAUGUCUGAUCUUGGGGACCUUGGGGAAGCCACAAUUCCCAGAGCAAGAAAAGGACCCAAAGUUCUGGAACACCUUUGCUCAGCGGACACUGAAGAACGCUCUGACACUGCAAAACCUUAAUAGAAACAAAGCAAAGAAUCUCAUCCUCUUCCUUGGAGAUGGAAUGGGCGUUCCCACAGUGACGGCUGCUCGAAUACUGAAGGGUCAGCUGAAUGGAGAGGGUGGAGAAGAGACGGUGCUGGAGAUGGACAAGUUCCCUUUUGUGUCGUUGGCUAAGACGUAUAACACUAAUGCACAGGUGCCCGACAGCGCCGGUACCGCCACGGCUUAUCUGUGUGGGGUCAAAGCCAACGAGGGCACGGUGGGGGUGAGUGCAGCUGCCGUCCGGUCCCAGUGUAACACCACAAAGGGCAACGAGGUCACCUCCAUCCUCAGAUGGGCCAAGGAUGCAGGCAAGUCGGUAGGAAUAGUAACAACAACACGUGUGAACCACGCCACUCCCAGUGCCGCUUAUGCUCACAGUGUGGACAGAGACUGGUACUCCGAUAAUGAGAUGCCAGCCGAAGCUCUGCAGGACGGCUGCAGGGAUAUCGCACGACAACUCUUUGAAAACAUCCCCAACAUUGAUGUGAUUAUGGGUGGAGGACGAAAAUACAUGUUCCCCAAAAAUGUGUCAGAUGUAGAGUACCCCAACGUAGCAAAACACAGCGGAACACGCAAAGACGGAAGAAACCUGGUGCAGGAAUGGCGUGACAGAAUGGAGACACAAAAAGGCCAUUAUGUAUGGAACAAGAAGCAGCUCUUAUCACUGAACCCUAACAACGUGGAUUACCUAUUGGGUCUCUUUGAACCUGGGGAUUUGACGUAUGAUUUGGAGAGGAACACCGACACUGAUCCUUCACUGACAGAGAUGGUGGAGGUGGCUAUCAAGAUCCUGAGGAAGAACCCCAGUGGGUUUUACCUGCUGGUGGAAGGAGGUCGUAUUGACCACGGACACCAUGAAGGCAAAGCCAAGCAGGCUUUACAUGAAGCUGUGGAAAUGGACCGGGCCAUCGGCAGAGCAGACCUCAUGACCAGCACCCACGAUACGAUGACCGUAGUCACUGCUGACCACUCGCACAUGUUCAACUUCGGAGGUUACACACCCAGAGGAAACAUAAUUUUCGGUCUGGCCCCGAUGCUGAGUGAUGUUGAUCAAAAGCCCUUCACCUCCAUCUUAUAUGGGAAUGGACCAGGAUACAAAACCAUAAACGGUGUUAGAGAGAACGUCUCCACUAUUGAUUACCAGGACAAUAACUACCAGGCCCAGGCGGCUGUCCCUCUGAACACGGAGACCCACGGGGGAGAGGACGUGGCGGUGUUUGCCAAAGGGCCCCUGGCUCACCUACUGCACGGGGUCCACGAGCAGAACUAUCCCCACGUAAUGGCAUAUGCAGCCUGCAUCGGCCAAAACAGGGAACACUGUUUGUCAAAAAGCGGGACCGCCGGUUUACAUCCCGUCCUCUCCAGUAUUUUAGCCCUUCUCACAGUCACUCAACUGAUCUGCUGACCUUCCUCCUUCACCCUCCUCUUCCUCCAGUAAUCUUGUUCACACCCCUGUUUUAUCCACUCGUACAUUUAAACACUUUAAUUUUUUUUUUUUUUCUAAUUUCUUAAAAUGUUAUACUAUUUGUGAUGGGAUAAUGGGCAAGGGCACUUUAAUGUCUUAAAAUUAAUCAAUAAAAAGCUACUAUUUUCAUUCUUUUCACGUAGACACCUCACACAGUUUGUAAAAAGGUAGUGAAAUGAUUGGUCUCCCCAGAUACACUGUUAAGAGGAAGUAAAACGUGGUGUUACUGAGGUCACCGCAUUCUAUGUCUAUUGAAUAAUUUUUGUUUAACAAUUUAGGCUUGAAUAGAUAGAUUGGCCUUGAAUUUCUCUGGACAUGUUUCAUAUUUCAAAAGAAUCUACCUCAUGCACAGGGUCUCUCAUGUUUAAUGUGUUACAAAAGACACAUUUUUACGCCAAAAUCAGAGGCAACUGAAUGUACAGUACUUAAGAAAUAAAAGGAAGGUGAAUUUCAUGUCAUACACCUUGUGCACACUCGUGAAAAGCACUGGAAAAAGAAAAGCGGCAUUGAUAUGUUGUAAACUGAUGUGUUUGUGCCUCAAUAGUUUAGUCACAUUUGGUGAUUAAGUCACCCCACUUUAUCCCAUUAAAUACAAGAAGUUGUAGAGUAGAAAUGUACAAAAUGAUGUUAAAACAGUGCUAUCAAAACCUAGUUAUCCACUGCAGAGAGUGGCAAGUUUGGCUCAACUGUAUAAAUUCCUGCCCGAUUCAUUUCAUGGUUUUAAUUGUUACAAAUAAAUAAAUGAGGGAAACUGA